UGAAAUCCUGACUUUCAGGAUGAACAGCCACUAGAAGAUAGUCCUGGGCUUGGGAAUGGAAAGACCUGGGGAGAAGCAGCCGGGUCCUUUGGGUCCUUUCUGUUGUGUGUCUGUGCAAGGAGUCACAGGUCUUUCCUCUUGUAGUGGUAGCCACAAGCAGGUGUGUCUUGGACAUCUUUCCAGACCAGCACAUGAAGGGCCAGCUCUUUCUUACUCAUGGGGAUGGCAUCCUGUCACUGAAUCAGCCUGUUAUCCUCACUUACGUCUCCCAGUGUUUGCUCCUGCAACGACUCCCAGGGCUGAGACAUCACACUUCAUCACUCCUCCUGUGUGAGGGUUCCCUGGUGUGGUCCUGUCUCCCGACUUCCUAAAGGACGCUGGGCGUCGCUUUGGCCGCAUUGAUUGCUACUGACACCCUAUGCUGUGUGUCCCUGUACUUUGUGCUCUGCUGCUGAGUCUGGCGUACCCAGGGCUCCCGUUCUCAGCUGGAGGGGCCCUUGAACAGAGACCUCUUUCUUCUACUUAAGGGAGGAGGAAAUCUGAAUGCUCACGAGCACAGCGGGACCCCAAGACCUGGCAGGAAGAUACCGCCACUCCUCACCUCUGCCCUUCUCACAGAACAUCAGAGGGAAGCUGAUUUGUCUUUAUUGCUACUGCAUGUUCAAGAAGCUCCAUGGCUCACAGCUGACUUCAUUGUGCAGAGCAUGCACAAUGUGGGAGUCCUUCUCUGCUAGGAGGUGUCUGACAACCAUUGUGUACAUGGUCAAUGAAGAAGGAGUGACUAAUAGCCAAGAGGGACCUGAGACCUUCACCUUCCUCCGAAACAACUGUUCUGCGAUGACCACAGCGAGGUACCGGCCCACCUGGGACCUGGCCCUCGACCCGCUGGUGUCCUGCAAGCUGUGCCUCGGGGAGUACCCAGCGGAGCAGAUGACAACCAUCGCCCAGUGCCAGUGUAUCUUCUGUACCCUGUGCCUGAAACAGUAUGUUGAGCUCUUGAUCAAAGAAGGACUAGAAACUGCAAUUAGCUGCCCGGAUGCUGCAUGCCCUAAAAAGGGCCACCUUCAGGAAAAUGAGAUUGAGUGUAUGGUUGCAGCUGAAAUUAUGCAAAGAUAUAAAAAGCUACAAUUUGAAAGAGAGGUGCUCUUUGACCCUUGCCGGACGUGGUGCCCAGCAUCCACCUGCCAAGCCGUGUGCCAACUCCAGGACAUAGGACUUCAGACCCCCCAGCUGGUGCAGUGCAAAGCCUGUGACAUGGAAUUCUGCUCUGCAUGCAAAGCCCGCUGGCACCCGGGCCAAGGCUGCCCCGAGACCAUGCCAAUCACCUUCCUUCCCGGGGAGACCAGCUCCGCUUUCAAGAUGGAAGAGGGCGACGCACCCAUCAAGCGCUGUCCCAAGUGCCGGGUGUACAUCGAGCGGGACGAGGGCUGCGCACAGAUGAUGUGUAAGAAUUGCAAGCAUGCCUUCUGCUGGUACUGCCUGGAGUCUCUGGACGAUGACUUCCUUCUGAUACAUUAUGACAAGGGACCUUGUCGCAACAAGUUGGGCCACUCCCGGGCAUCGGUGAUCUGGCAUCGGACACAGGUGGUGGGAAUUUUUGCUGGAUUUGGGCUCCUGCUCUUAGUGGCUUCUCCUUUCUUGCUCCUGGCCACACCCUUUGUCCUUUGCUGCAAAUGCAAGUGCAGUAAAGGUGACGACGACCCACUUCCCACCUAGAGGACUGCGCGAUGAUACUGCUGGAACGGACCCCCGCUUCGGGACGUGUGGCUCCCCUCCCCUCCACCACCCCCCACCCCCCACUAAACAUGUUUCUUGCCUUAUGUGCCCCUAUGAGCUUCCGUGUCCGGCUUGCUGCGGAGAUUUCAGGGAUGAUGUCAGCAAGUGGGCAGAGGCCUCGGGUGUGGUCUCGGGGGGGUGUCGGGGAGGUGAGGCAGAAGUGGGCGGGCGCAUCCCACCUCUGUGUCUGCAGAUACGGCCUGAGGCGGCAUCAGCCACAUACCAGGCAGUUUUAUCCCCUGGCCAUCGACUGGGAAUGUCCAGUGGGAGCUUAGGAGACCCACUCAGACAAAGGGACACCUUGGCUUCAAGAUGGCACCAUGUUGUCAGGAGAAGUCGUCAAGCAUUAGGACUCUCUUCAGCCAGCACCUGAUUAUCUGACUUGAGAAAAUCUCUCCGUUUGUGACAACUGUUUUUACUCCUAAAGGCAUUUAGUAAAAUCCUUUUUAGAAGGCUUUUUCCCCCUUUCUGUCAACUGAAUGGUGAAAAUCAACAAGGUGCGUAAAAACCGUCCUAUGCCUUUUUGGAAAUGUGCAUUUUAUGAAGUUACAGAUAAAUGGCUUUUCUGACCUGACCAUUUUUUUUUCAGGAGCUACAGAAAGCCUUAUGCACACUUUGUGUUUUUCUUGGAACCUGCUGUAAUUACUUUUUGAAUGCUCUGAGCUGUGUACUGUUAUCCACACGGGCCCCCUGUUGUUGCAUUUCUCCGAAGAUAUUGACACAUUUAAGAAAUGUCUCUAGCUUUACAUCACCCUCGCCUCCACCCCCCCACACACACCCCCACUUCUCCAGUUCAGCUCACAGGGCCCAUUCCUGAGGUCUCCCUUCUCCCAGGUGGCAGCCGAUGCCUUUGAAUGUCUUCAAGCCAGAUGUUUUCCUCUGAAUGGCUCUGCUCUGACUCCUUGCCCCACUUUUCAGGUAGGCGGCAAGGAGAGUCAGAGCCAUCCGUCCCUGGGGGACUCUUGGAAGUUGGGUGGGAACUUUCUGAAGUCUUUGCAUUGUUCAAAUGCUUUAGGUCAUUGGAAAAGUCAUGAGACUCACAUCACACAGACCCAACCCUGUAGUUAACCAGUUUAUUCUUGCUAGGGGGAAAAAAAAAAAGAAAAUGAAAGGAAAGAAAGGUGGAGGAGGGGAGGGAGGAGGAAGGACCCUUCUGUUUCAUUUAAUUAUCUGCUGUGGGGAGUUGGUGAAUUGGUCUUUCCUGAGCUGUGUGUUUCCAUGUCAACAAAGUGCAUGGUAAUAAGAAACAGGCCCUUCGCCAGUUGCCUCUGAAAAGAGGAGAGAGUCCUUUCUUUUCAGGAUUGACUUGCAGAGCCCAACCUGCUUCCCAGGAGCAGGGUGGAGGUGUGGAGGUUUGCAGGGAGGCAGUGGUCUGAAGGCUUACUAAGUGUCCUACAAAGGAGAAAAGGGAACCCGGAGUCCUGUCAUCCCAGGCAUUGUCUUUGCAAGCACAUCUCAUCCUUAGUGGCUGUCUGUGUGACCCUGCACUUAGGGGUCAGUGUCAAGUCCCGCCAGACGCUGCCUGUGCAGAAAUGACGUCAUUUUCUUUAUUUUUAAUAGACAGUGAAUGAGGUAAGACAACCACUGGCUUCUCACCCUCUGGGAUUGAUUUUCUUUAUUAAGUGAAAGCCAUUUAGAAGCUCAGUCCAUAUCAAAACCACGCUCAGAAAGUCCUCCGGCAGUUGAAAUUUAAAAGUUCACUGACCAGGUGUGACCUCUGAGACCUUCAUUCUGGCUGAAGCCUGGCCUUGAACCUCUGUGGUUAGAAACAUGGGGAAAGGUGGCCGGGCUUUUCUGGAAAGGUCUGACAACUUUAUGAGAAUCAGUGGCUGAGACCUCAAGCCCGCGAUUUGUAUGUGAAACCACCCGGCCACCACCCUUUAAACAUGCCUUUCUGAGGUGGCAGCCAGCCUGGACCCUGGUUCCAGUGGUGCACAGGCAGACGUCACGCCAUGGUCCUUCCUGCCUUGCCUGACCACUGCUGUCUGCUCCAGUGUUUCAUUUGUCCCUGUUGUGGGAGUGACAGCCUCCUGGGAGGCUGUGUUCCCACUCUGCAGCUCAGGCUCCGUAACUGAAGAUGGAGUCACUGGUAUCUGGGACACUUCUGAAGGUUCCCACACCUCUGUAACCCCACCCACUCACACCUCAGCCUAUGGCAAUCUUCCCGAGCCCAUGACUGGACACAGCCAGGAACCAUAGGGUUGCUAGGGCCGAAUGAGUGUGGACAGAGUAUCCCUGUCUGCCCUGAGCCUUUGUAUCAAGCCUACUUACUCAGAUUUCUUAAAAUAAAAGCUAACUCAUCCAUUCCCUCUAGAAACACCAGCAAGAUCACACUGAAAUAUAUGAGCUUGCCUUGUUCGCUGUGGGAGUCCUCUUAGCAGGGACAACCACGUGCGUUUCUUAUGGACAUUCGGCUUGAACCACGUGUGAUGUGAAAUGCACGUGGACUAGUGAAGAUGGCCCCCAGAUGUGACUGGGCUUGCUAUCAGUCUAGGGCAGCUUGAAGUGCCCUGUGAUCAGUUGUAGUGCUGUUUCUGUUGCUCGGUGUAGGUUUGUCAGAACUGAAAAUGGAGUUCCCUGAGACAGACCCUGUUCCCGAUGGAGGAAGACUGUUCAGUCCUGAGCUUGUGGAAAACCCUCUUCGUGGCAGGCAGUGGGAGCUGUCUGGUAGGGCUCUGUAGUAGGGCCGUAUCUAGAAGGACUAUCUGUGCUGAGGGCCUGCUGGCCUGUGGGUUAUCUGAGGCCCUUGGGUGGCUAACCAUGCCAUAGUCUUACCGGGUGUGCUAAUCCCUGCCAAGCGUAGCCCUCCGGCCUCUGGCUUCAUAUACUCACCAGGGUGAUGCCUUCAGAGGCGAAGUCGUGAUGGGUGUUCAUGGAGCUGGGAGCCAGCUCCUGUGGGGACAAAGAUGUGGACUCCAUGGAUUAUGGACCACCUCAGCGCCCGGGAGUCGCUCAGAUUGCAGGCCCAGCGCCUUCCCCACUUCAGUACCUGUCCUGAAGAGAACAAAUACUCUCUAUAGUGUAUUGUUCCAGAAAACAGGUGUGAGACCUUGGCCAGGUUCCCGUUAAACACGGUCCCCGUGCGAGGAAGGAUCGUCAGGCUUGAACAUCUGACUUCCAGAUGAAUUCAUCUUUUCCAUUGGAAUUAGAAAAGGGGAAAAAGGUUAUUUUAUGAAUUAGAAGUGUUUCCCUUGGUCGCCUUUAAAAAUUAGGGGUUGGGAAAGGACGAGGGAGGACUUAUUUUGUAUACGUCCUCGAUUCCUACGGAUUAAUAAACAUACCUGUGAAUAUAUAUAUAUAUAUAUAUAUAUAUAUGUAAAUCACACUGAAGUCAUCAAGGGAAACACUUUGCAUGUAUACAAUUUCAUGAAGGUUUUCUUUAAAAAAAAAAAAAAAAAAGAUACCAAAGCUUGUUUCUCCCUCACAAUGAACCCAAACCCUUGUAAAGUUAAAUAAGGUAAAGAGAUUGUGACUGGCUGUUGCCAAAAAGCUCAGCCAGGAGGGAGGGGCUUAUGCUCAAACAAUUGCCAGUGCCCUAUGAUUAGGAGAGCCCGCCCUUUUGGUAGUUAAAAACCCCCGCGGUCUCCAGCCCUCCUGACUUGUAUAAUCCUGUCUUCCAAGAUCCCAGGGCCCUCCAGUUAGGUGUAGCUGUGUGCCACGUGCCUGACCUUUUUUUUUUUUAUACUUUGCCUCGGGUGUAUUUUAAUCUUGUACAAAAACAUGCAUGUGUCAGUCAUACGCACGUGCACACGUAUACAUUCUGUAUUUGACAAGUGGUGGUAAGACCCAACACACACACACACACACACACACACACACACACACACACACACACACACAUUGAGAAAAUUGCGUUUGUGGUUUUUGAAACGUGAGUACACUUUGUACCACUAACACUGUGAUGUAUAAGAGCUGUUCGAAUGCCUUUUCCUGUCGUGAUUUGUACUUUAGAAUCCUAUGGAAAUGUCGGAUUUAUAAUUUCAAUACAUAUUUUAAAUGUA